AUGGGGGGGAGCAAGGACAAGGAGCCCCGGCAGCGCAGGGCAAGAUCCGGGAGGCCCAGCUCCGCUGAGCAGGAGUGUGGGUCCGGGGACCGCAGGCCUGGCCCGCGAAAAGCCCGCCAGGAGACACCUGUCACGGAACCAGACACCGACGGGGACAAGGGGACAGCGAGUGGCCGCGGGGAGCCCAUCCCCGAGGGUUUCGGAGGCCGCAGGUCUGGAGCUGGGCGGCCACCACAGGCCCUGGAAAGGCGAGACAGCGCGGGGCGUCGGGGACCCCGGCCCACGAAGGGAUGCGCGCCCGGGGAGGAGGCGUCGGGGUCGGAGAAGGCGGAAGGGGACAGAGCCGCCCGGGAGGGCAGCCGCACGGGCGGGCGCGGGCGCCGCCGGAGAAGAGCACACAGGCGGAGCGCGCCGGCUCCCAAGGCUCGCGGCGAGGACUCCUCCGGCGCCGACGCCGGCAGCUCGUGCCCGGACAGCGAAGCCCGCGCGGCGUCGCAGCCGGGAUGCUCGGACUCGGAAGGGACCACAGCCGGGCCGGAGCCGGGCCCUGAGCGCGGUGAGCGCCGGCGCAAAGUCGAGGCCCCCGCCGGGGAGUCGGGGACCGGGACUGAGGGGGCGAGCGCGGAUUCCGGCUCCGGGACGCUCGCGGGCCGGGGCGCCACCGAGGACAGCCGCAGCCCGGUCCCCGGCGCCCACGAGGCGGCGCUGCUAGGGAAAGACGCGGCCUCCCGAGCCCUCGAUUCGGGGUCGCAGCCAAUAAUUGGGGCUGAAAAGGCGGAAGCCGCGCCUGCCGGCGUCCAGCACCCGCACGUCGGAAAGGUGGUGGGGGCGAGGGCUGACGGGGGCCGGGCGGGGAUCGGGAAGGGAGAAGGGCCGGGGGACGCAGAGCCGGGGGACCCGGCGCCGCUGGCCGCCCUCGUGGUGCUCCGCAGCGUCCGCGCCAGACCCGAGUCAGGCCCCUCUUCCCAGGCCGCGCGUUCCAGCCGCGCAGGGCUCAAGGUGCGGCUCCUUCGUGUGGUGCAAGCCCUGGGUCUCCUGCGCUGGCUGCGGCGCCGGCAGCAGCAGCCUUGGGGCGCGGAGCGGGGCCCGGGGAGGGAGGAGGAGGGAGGACGCAGCCCGGGUGGUUUGUGGCGCCGUCUGGCACUGCGCCUGGCAGUCUCAGCCCGGUUUGGGGAGCGGUUAAGGGCGCCCUCCCGCGGUGGCUCGUGCUCUCCGCAGUCCCGCGACAUCCCGGAGCCCGACGACCCUGCAGAGAACAAGGACCCGACUUCAGAUCCCAAGUUCGCGGUCGUGUUCCCCAGGAUCCACAGGGCAGGCAGGGCGUCGAGCAGCGGGAGCUCAGGAGAAGCAUCCUCGGACGCCCCCAGCGUGGAAGGCCGUGUGUGGCCUCGUGCAGGGGCUGGGGGGGACACUGAGGGAGGCAGGGCGAGUGGGGAGGGGGCCAUCCGGUCCCGCCGCGCCUCUUUGGGCUCCUUGACCCCACCCAACGAAACCCUAUUAGAGAACGGCUCCAGCAGUGAAGCUGAGCAGGAGACCUCGGAGUCCGCGACCCCCGGACACUGGGCGCUGGGUCCAGGGCCCUGUGAGGACCCUGGGUCAGGCACUGAGACGCUGCUGCCCCGACUGACCCUGGAGACCCGCCUGCAGCGCCAGAGAAGCUCCAGCGGGUCCCCCAGAGGGCGGUGGGAGCCUGAGGAUGAGACCGAGGCAGCACUGGAGAGGGAGCUGGAGCGGAGCCUUGGGCCUGACCUGGAUGCGCUGCCCUUCCUGGGAGCUGGGGAGGAGGACAAGGGCCUAGGAGAAGGCCUAGAGGACACUGAGGACCUGGCCCGGCUGCGGCUGGUGUGUGACAGCUCGGUGUUGUUGUGCCUCAAGAAGAGGUUUCACCUCGGCCGCAUCUAUACAUUUGGGGGGCCCCUUCUGCUCACUCUGAAUCCCUACAAGACCCUGCCUCUCUUCUCACCUGAAGUCUCAGCCAGCUACCACCCGGGAAAGGUCCCCAACACCACCCCACAUAUCUUUGCCAUUGUGGCAGCAGCCCACAGCCUGUCUCAAAGCCCAGGCCAGGACCCCUGCAUCCUCCUUGGUGGCCUUCACCCAGCCCUAGCUCUUCCCUCCUGCAGGGGGCGCAGCGGCUCAGGGAAAACGGAAGCCACCAAGAAGAUCUUACAGUUUCUCAGCAGCAUGGGACAGGGGCAGAGAGAGGAAAGAAGGUGCCAGUUGAAUGACCUGCUGCCAGUGCUCAGUAGCUUUGGCCACGCCAAGACCAUCCUCAAUGCCAGCGCCAGCCGUUUUGGCCAGGUCUGGUGCCUCUAUCUGCAGCAUGGAGUCAUCACAGGAGCCUCUGUGUCACAUUAUCUGCUCGAGACUUUCAGAGUGGUGUUUCAGGGCCAUGCCUGCAGGCUUCGGGGCAAGGAGGAUGCCCAGGAUUUUGCAGGGCUACUGAGGGCUCUGCAGGUCUUGGGCUUAUCCCCUGAAGAGUUGACCGCAGUCUGGGCCUUGCUGGCCGCUGUCCUGCAGCUGGGCAACAUCUGCUUCUCUUCUUCAGAGAGGGAGUCCCAGGAGGUGGCAGCAGCGUCCAGCUGGGCUGAGAUCCAUAGAGCAGCUUGGCUGCUUCGGGUGCCACCAGAGCACCUGGAGGGGGCUGUCACCCGGAGGGUCAUGGAGACACCCUAUGGCCGGGUCUCGAGAUCCCUGCCCGUGGAAAGCGCCAUUGAUGCCAGGGAUGCUCUGGCCAAGGCCCUGUACUCUCGGCUCUUCACCUGGCUCCUAAGGAGGAUCAAUGCCCGGCUGGCACCCCCUGGGGAGGGAGGCAACAAGGGCACCAUCACUGUCGUGGACACCUAUGGCUUUGAGGCGCUGCGGGUGAACAGUCUGGAGCAACUGUGCAACAACCUGGCCAGCGAGCGCCUGCAGCUCUUCUCCAGCCAGACGCUGCGGGCCCAGGAGGAGGAGGAGUGUCGGCGGGAGCUGCUGCCCUGGGCGCCCAUCCCACAGCCUCCGUGGGAGUCCUGCCUGGACCUUCUGGUGGACCAACCCCACAGCCUCCUGAAUAUCCUGAAUGCCCAGACAUGGCUGUCUCAGGCCACAGACCACACCUUCCUCCAGAAGUGUCACUAUCACCAUAGUGAUCACCCAAGCUAUGCCAAACCCCAACUGCCCCUGCCCAUCUUCACUGUGCGACAUUAUGCUGGGACUGUCACCUACCAGGUUCACAAGUUCUUAAACCGGAACCGAGACCACCUCGACCCUGCCGUGGCGGAGAUGCUCUCCCAGAGCCAGCUGCAGCUUGUGAGCAGCCUGUUCCAGCAAGAAGAGCUCCAGCAAGACAAACCCACGCUGGCAUCCCGCUUCCUGCAGUCCCUGGAGGACCUCCUAGCAAGGCUGGGCAGGAGUCACGUUUAUUUUAUCCAGUGCCUCAACCCCAACCCUGGAAAGAUCCCAGACCUUUUUGAUGUGGAACAUGUGGCAGAGCAGCUGCACCAGGCUGGCAUCCUGGAGGCCGUAGGCAUCCGCAAUGCCCACUUCCCUGUGCGCAUUCCCUUCGGGGCCUUCCUGGCCAGGUUCCGGGCUCUGGGCACAGAGAGACAAGGCAGCUGCUCUGACCGGGAGAGGUGUGGAGCCAUCCUCAGCAGUGUGCUGGGGGCUGACUCUCCACUUUGCCACCUUGGAACCACCCAGGUCCUCUUACAGGAGCAGGGCUGGCAGCAGCUGGAGCGACUCUGGGCCCAGCGGCGAUCCCAGGCCUUGCUCACCCUGCGUCGAGGCCUCCACGCCUGCAUCUCCCGUCAGCGCCUCCGCCUCCUGCCCCGGCUGCAAGCUCGAGUGCGUGGGCUCCAGGCCAGGAAGCGAUACCUCCGGCGGCGGGCAGCUCUGGCACAGCUGAACACCGCACUCCUGGUGGCCCGGCCCCUGCUCCAGAGGCGGCAGAGGCUGAAGGCUGGGGGCAGCCAGGGGUGGACUACAAGCCAGGCAGCUGCCCCUUUGCGGAGAGCGCCAAGCAUGGAGCUAGAGCGCUUGGAGAUCCCAGCUGAGCUGGCAGCCAUGCUGAGGGUGGCAGAAGGCCAGCAGGAUACCCUGGCGGGAAUCAUCACGGAGACUCUUCCUCCUGAGGUUCCCGCCCGGCCCAGCCUGACCCUCCCACCGGAUAUCGACCUGUUUCCCUUCUCCAGCUUCAUCUCUACCAGCUUUCAGGAGCCAUCCCUUCCCAGCCCAGGGUUGCCUCUGGCCAAGCCACUGACACAGCUGAAAGGAGAAAACCCUCAGCAUGCCUUGGACAUCAACAAGGUGAUGCUGCGGCUCCUGGGGCAAGGAUCCCUGCAGCCCUGGCAAGAGCAGACCAUGGGCACUUACCUGGUGCAGCAGGGGCAGCGCCGGCCGGGACUGCGGGACGAGCUCUUCAGCCAGCUUGUGGCCCAGCUCUGGCACAACCCAGAUGAGCUGCAGAGCCAGCGAGGCUGGGCCCUCAUGGCCAUCCUGCUCAGCGCCUUCCCUCCAACACCCACCCUGCAGAAGCCGCUGCUCAAAUUUGUGUCUGACCAGGCCCCCCAGGGCAUGGCGGCACUGUGCCAGCACAAGCUGCUAGGGGCCCUGGAGCAGACCCCACUGGCCCCAGGGUUUGCCCGGGCCCACCCGCCGACACAGCUCGAGUGGAAGGCCGGAUGGCGGCGGGGCCGAAUGGCAUUAGAUGUUUUUACCUUCAACGAGGAGUGCUACUCAGCUGAGGUAGAAUCCUGGACCACGGGGGAGCAGCUUGCCGGGUGGAUCCUACAGAGCAGAGGCCUGGAGGUGCCCCCUCAUGGCUGGUCCGUGUCACUGCACUCUGGCGAUGCUUGGCAAGACUUGGCUGGUUGUGACUUUGUGCUGGACCUGAUCGGCCAGACUGAGGAUCCGGGGGACCCGACUGCUCCACGCAGCUACCCCAUCACCCCUCUUGGCUUAGCCAAGGACAUCCCACCUGCCCCUGGUGUCCGGGCACCCUCUUUGCCCCCAGGCCUUCUUCUGGGUCCAGCCCCAACACGGUCCAGCGGAGGCCACAGAGGGGAGUCCCAGACGUCAGGGAGUCUGGAUGGCUUCCUGGACCACCUCUUUGAGCCCGUUCUUACCCCUGGCUUCAGUGAUCUGGAACAAGGCUGGGCAUUGAGCAGCCACAUGAAAGGAGGAGGCUCCAUUGGGCCUGGGCAGCAGGCCUACCCCAUGGUAUACCCAGGGAUGAUGCAGAUGUCUGGAUACCAGCCAGCUAUGAUCCCUGCACCCAUGCCCAUGAUGCCGGCGAUGGGCACAGUCCCUGCCAUGCCAGCCAUGGUGGUACCACCACAGCCACAGCCCCUGCUUCCCAGCCUGAACACCAGGGAGCUGGCAGUGCAGCAGCAGAACUUCAUUAACCAACAAGCACUACUUCUGGCUCAGCAGAUGACCAAUCAGGCCAUGAGCCUGUCCCUAGAGCAGCAGACUCAGCAACGCCAGCGCCAAGCCCUGGCCUCCGCAGCUGCCUCCUCAGCACCACCCCCAGCUGUCACUGCCAAGCCCACGAAGUCCCCUGCCCCCCAGAAGGAGCCAGAGUAUGUCUUGGAAUCACCUGGUGCCUGCUCAAGGGAGACCUCGGAGUGGGCUGAAGACAAGACUUGGCACCCCAAGAGCUUCCAGCAGAAAAGGGACUACUUCCAGAAGAUGGGGCAGCAGCAGAUCAAGGUGAAGACGGUGAAGCCUCCAGGCAAGGUCCAGAUCCCUGCCGGGGAGGAGACUGAGGAGGAAGAGGAGGAAACCAGCGAAGUGCUGGCCCCUCCUCCUCCUCCUCUUCCUCCUCCUCCCGUUCUGAAGAAGCCAUUGGAACAAAGUGAAACCAAAGCAGCAACAAAGGUGGAGGCUGAGCCAGCUGAAGAGGCCAGGCCCGUCCAGGGCAAGAGGCCUGCAGUGAGCAGCUCAGGCCCCACAGCCCGGUCAGAGCCUAGCAGGGAAAUUGGAAACAUCAUCCGCAUGUACCAGAGCCGCCCGGGACCCAUACCUAUGCCUGUGCAGCCUAUCAGGCCUCACAGAAGUUUUCUUAAGAAAAAUGACCCCAAGGACGAGGCUCUAGCCAAGCUGGGAAUCAAUGGUGCCCACUCACCCCCAUCGACACUGGCCUCCAGCUUGGGGAAGGGCCCUCCACCAGCUGUGGCUCCUCGACCCAAGUCCAGGCCACGACAUGAGCCUUCCCUUUCCAUCAGGGAAAAGCAGGGGCCCCUCCGGGACCUGUUUGGCCCAAUCCCAUCCACUACCCAAGCACCCCCACCCCCACCAGCACCACCACUGCCUCUGCCUCUGCCUGAGGAACCCCAGACCUCUUCAGCAGAGCCUUGUGCUUUGGCAAGGCCCAUGGAGGACCAGGGAGUCUCCACCCAGCUACUCCUGCCCUCUGGCAGUGUGUGCUUCUCCUACACCAAUGUACCGUGGAAGUUGUUUCUGCGAAAGGAGGUGUUCUACCCCAGGGAGAACUUCAGCCAUCCUUACUCCCUCAGGCUUAUCUGUGAACAGAUCCUGCGAGACACCUUUGCUGAGUCCUGCAUUCGAAUCUCCCAGGAGGAGCGGCACAAAAUGAAAGACCUGCUGGGAGACUUGGGGAUAGGCCUGGACUCCCUUGCUACCACUGAAGAUGUGGUUAAGAAGCGCAUCGUUGUGGCCGCUCGGAACAACUGGGCCAAUUAUUUCUCUCGUAUCUUUCCUGUUUCGGGUGAGAAUGGUAGCGAUGUGCAGCUGCUGGGUGUGUCCCACCGGGGGCUGAGACUCCUCAGCAUGAGCCAGGGCCCCAGCUUCCACCUCGACCAACUGAAGACACUCUGCUCUUACAGCUUUUCCGAAGUGCUGGGUGUGGAGUGCCCGAGUGGCUCCACCCUGGAGCUGCUGUUGAAGGGUGAGCGGCUGGUACUGUACACAGCCCGGGCGAGGGCCAUCAAGGCCAUGGUGGAGCAGUUCCUGAGUGAGCUGAGAAAGGAUUCUGGCUAUGUCAUCGCCCUCCGAAGCUACAUCACCAAUGACCACAGCCUCCUCAGCUUUCAUUGUGGGGAGCUAAUCAAGCUGUUGCCAGUAGCCACCCUAGAGCCAGGCUGGUAUUUUGGUUCUGCUGGAGGCCGAUCAGGACUCUUUCCUGCUGACAUGGUGCAACCGGCUGCUGCUCCUGAUUACUCCUUCUCAUCAGAGAAGAAGAGCAGCUGGCAGCGCAAGAGUCAGCCACAGCUGGCAGGGCCAGGGCCAGCUCAGUGGGAUAAAGUCCUGGAGAGUCCCACCCACUCCCAGAGCCAGGCACCCAGUGACGACUCAGAGGCCACCAGUCUACAUUCCUCCAUGGUCUACACCUCUCUGUCCACUGAUUCCCACAACUACACCAUGCAAGAAUUUGCACUACACUACUUCCGGAAACCUCUCACAUUGCUACCCCUGACAGGUGGAGGUGCCAAAGCAAAGGCCAUGGCCAGCCUAGUACAGUACAGCCAGGUUCCCAUCCAGGAAUCACUCAUCUACCUCAGUGAUGAGAACACAAGCAAGCAGGCUGCGGCGGGAUUUGAGGCAUUAAUGCAGUUCAUGGGGGACCAGUCUAAGCCCCGUGGCAAGGACGAGAUGGAUCUGUUGUACGAACUGCUGAGGCUGUGCCAGGAAGAGGACCUUAGGGACGAAAUGUACUGCCAGGUCAUCAAGCAGGUCACAGGACACCCCAAGUCAGAACACUGUACCCGGGGAUGGAGCCUUCUCAGCCUCUUCACAGGAUUCUUCCCCCCAUCUACCAUACUGAUGCCAUAUGUGACCAAGUUCCUACAGGAUUCGGGCCCUAGCCAAGAGCUGGUCCGGAAAAGCCAGCAGCACCUCCAGCACACAGUCAAAUAUGGGGGGCGCCAACGACUGCCCCACCCAGGCGAAAUGCGCGCUUUUCUGAAUGGAAAAACAGUCCGCCUGCUUGUGAUUCACCUUCCUGGGGGUGUGGACUACAAGACAAACGUGCGGACCUUCACGGUGGCAGGAGAAGUGCUGGAGGAGAUGUGUGGUCAGAUGGGCAUCACAGACCCGCAGGAAGUACAGGAGUUUGCCCUCUUCCUCAUCAAAGGAGAAGGUGAGCUGGUUCGGCCCCUGUGGCCCCAUGAAUACCUCAACAGUGUGGUGAUGGACGAGAACAUAAGCUUGCACAGCCGGCGCCUUAGCUGGGAGACCCCACUGCACUUUGAUCACCCCAUCUACAUUGGCACCCACUAUGGCCAGGUGCUGCGGGACUACCUACAGGGGAAGCUGAUGGGCCAUGCACACACAGAUACACAGCUUGCCCAGCUGGCUGCCCUCCAGCACCUUGGCAGGGCCAGCAAGAGCCCCCCCUCAGGGCAAGACCUGCUGGAUUAUAUACCAAAGACACUGCAAUGGCAGGUGAACAUGGACAUCAUAAAGAGUUUGAUGGGCCAGGAGCUGAAGCAGCUGCAAGGAUACAGCUCCCAAGAUGCACAAAUCAGCUUUAUUGAAGCCACAAAGCAGCUGCCCCUCUUUGGCUAUACCGUGUAUGUGGUGCCACGAGUGAGCAAGCUGGUGCUUCCUGGACCUACCCUCUUGGGGCUCAAUCGCCAGAACCUUGUUCUCAUGGACCCCACUUCCCAGAAAAUGUGCUGCUGCAUAGCCUUGAAGGACCUUCAGAGGCUCCACCUGCUCAGCCCACUGGAGCCCGAUGGGGCCCCUGGCCUAGAGCUCAACUAUGGCUCAGUUGACAGUCCACAGACCAUCUGGAUGGAGCUGCCACAGGCCCAGGAACUAUACUACACCAUCACCUUCUUGAAGGAUGGCAGCGCAUCUUCAACUCAGUGGUCCCAGUGGCCCAGCCUCAGUUGAAGGCCAAGAGAUCUCCCUA